AUGGCGUGCAUGCGAAUGAAAGAAUUGGAACAAUAUCUUCAGCAGUUAGAAGGCUUUGAAAAGCCAAAAAUAUUGCUGGAACAAUAUCCCACAAGCGCACACAUUGCUGCCCAUAUUUUGUACACUGCACAAUCGCAAUUUGAUGAUAUUGAAGAUCGCUCUGUUGCUGAUCUUGGCUCAGGUUGCGGCGUUCUUUCCCUUGGAGCUAAGAUGUUGAAUGCAGUUUAUGUUCUUGGCUUUGAAAUUGAUCGGGAUGCUGUUGAUAUUUUCAAUAGAAACGCCUGUGACAUGGAAUUAGAUGUUGAUGCCAUUCAGUGCGAUGUUCUCCAAUAUUUACCAGGAAGAUUCGAGGGUGCUUUCGAGACGGUGAUAAUGAAUCCACCAUUCGGUACGAAGCGAAAUGCGGGCAUAGACAUGAAAUUUUUAGAAAUUGCAUCAAGACUCGCAACGAGGACGAUUUAUUCGCUUCACAAGACGAGUACUCGCGAUUACGUGUUAAAGAAGGGACAACAAUUGGGAAUGAAAGGGAAAGUAAUAGCCGAGCUCCGUUACGAUUUGCCACAGAGUUACAAAUUUCAUAAGAAAUCCUCGGUCGAUAUAAAAGUCGAUCUUAUAAGAUUCGAGUUAUGAAUCAAUCCUUUAUAAAUAUGUAUCUGUAAAUAUUAAAAUUGACGUUAACGAGCUUUUAA